AUGAGUUACGGAAAGAAAGCCGCAGAGAGAUUAGCGAACAAAACUAUUCUUAUCACAGGGUGUUCCCUGGGUAUUGGUGAAGCUGCCUGUGUUGAAUUGGCUGAGGUAUCUCCAAACAUCAAAUUGAUUAUAACCGCAAGGAGAGUUGAAAAGUUGGAAGAAUUGAAAAAGAAGUUGGAAAGCGAAUACCCUGGUAUCAAAGUGUUAGCCAAGGAGUUAGAUGUUUCUAAAUUGGAAACCAUUGAACCAUUCAUUUCCAGCUUGCCCCAAGAGUUUGCUGAUAUUGAUAUUUUGGUGAACAAUGCUGGAUUAGCUUUGGGUAAAGAGCCGGUCGGCGAAGUCGCUUUGAAUGAUGUAGUCACAAUGUUUCAAACCAAUGUAUUAGGACUCAUCACAUUAACACAAACAGUUUUGCCAAUCAUGAAAAAGAAAGACUCAGGUAGCAUUGUAUCGAUUGGUAGUAUUGCCGGCUUGGUUGCUUACGAAGGAGGAUCCAUUUACAAUGCUUGUAAAGCAAGCGUUCGUUUCUUUAUGGAUGCGCUUCGUAAAGAGUUGAUUUCAACCAAGAUUAGAAGCAUCUUGAUUAGUCCUGGUGCUGUCAAAACUGAAUUUUCAAAUGUUCGUUUCAGAGGUGAUGACUCAAAAGCUGAUAGUGUUUACAAGGGAACAGAGCCACUUACGGCUGAAGAUAUUGCAGAAGUGAUUGCAUUUACAUUAACCAGAAGAGAAAAUUUGGUCGUUGCUGAAACAUUGGUUUUUCCAAACGGUCAAGCCUCUCCUUUCCACAUUUAUAGAGAUGAGUAG